UUAUUUGGCUGCGGUUUCCUGUAAGGUGGAGGUACUUCCCCAGUUGGACUCUGCUCUAGAUCUGGAAUGACAUCCGCGAUCUGGAAUGAUUGUGCGAUAAAGAAUAAAUAAAUAUAUCCUGGGAGGAAAAUUGGGGCAACGGUUAUAUGGAAAAGUCGUCUCCAUUACCCUCUAAGUUUUCCCACCAAACUUGGCCGCUUAUUCACGUUUUGGCGAAACAAUAUUUACCUUGUUCGCGUCAAGCCAAGCUUCAGUAGACUGAUCGCCGCGGUGAACAGCGCACGUCGCAUCGAACUUAACUAAAACGCGGACACUAAAACUUAGUUCAGCUGUUCGAUAAACUAAAACAGAUUUUAGUAGUUUUAUUUGUGCGCAGUGUUUUUUAAUAAAAAAUAACACGUGUUUUCAACCUUAAUUUAUUUUUUGGUGUUCUUUUUACGAUUUAGAGUUAUUUUAAAUAUUAAGUGUUUUGGAUUAUGAAGGGUCAAACUAAAAGAUUCGUGGACCACAAAGGGCAAGCGCAUGAAAUGGACCUCAAGAAGAAAAAGAAGGAGAAAGAAGGAAAUGAGACAAGGACGGACGAAGUGGGAUUCCUGCAGCUGUGGCGCUACGCAACACCUCUAGAGCGCCUCGCCACAUGCCUGGGCGUGGUGGCGUCAUGGCUAUGCUCAUGUGGCCUAGUGCUAGCCGUGCUAAUAUACGGGGAGCUCACGGCACUGUUCGUAGCGAGACACAAGGCCACGAGGGCCACGUCGCCGGCGGUGCUGCACUUAUUCCAUGGAGGGAGAGAAGUACCUGAUGGUAACCGUACUCUUCACAUGGAUGCUCUAAUAGAAGAUGCCAUAGCCUUCGCGCUGGCCAGUGUGGCCAUCAUGGCUUGCCAGCUACUGGCCGCCGCCGCCGCCGUCACGCUGGCCAACUGGGCAGCUGCUAGAAUGGUGUCGCGGCUACGCUACCGGUUGCUGCGCUCCGUACUUCGCCAAGAGAUGGCGUUCUUCGACACCAACACUACCCUCAACUUCGCCUCUGCAUUAACAGAGGACAUGGACAAGUUCCGAGGCGGCGUGGGCGAGCACGUGGUGAUGACGUCAUAUCUCGCCGGCUCUGUCGUGGCGGCGGCGACUCUUUCCCUCUACUACGGCUGGCAGCUCACUCUGGUCGGCUUGGCCAUAGUUCCUAUAGCUAUUCUAGUCGCCGCUACUGUUGCUAAGUACCAAACACGAUGUUCCGCGGAAGAAGUGGCGGCGUACGGCGCCGCGGGGCGCACGGCCGAGGAGGCUCUAGCUGCCAUCAGAACCGUACGAGCUUUGGGAGGAGAAGAAGUGGAGGUACAACGAUACAAACGUCUCCUUGCGCCAGCCAAGGCGGCAUCAUCACGCCGGGGAUUAUGGGCUGGCGCGGGCUCGGGACUGGGCUGGCUGCUCACGUACUCGCUGAACGCCGUCGUGUUCGCGUACGGGACCACCCUGUGCGUCCGCGACAUGAACCUGCCACCGGAAGAGCAGGAGUACCAUCCUGGGAUUAUGGUCACUGUCCUCUUCUGCACAUUCAUGGCCUCCCAGAACAUCGCCAUGUGCCACCCGCACCUGGAACUGUUCGCGGCCGCGCGCGGCGCCGCCGCCUCCCUCUACCGACUGCUGGAGAGGAGGUCGAAGAUCGACGCCAUGUUGGAUCGAGGGGAGAAGAUUGAUAAGUUGAAGGGGGAGAUCGUGUUUGAGGAUGUCUACUUUAAUUAUCCGUCGAGACCUGAUGUAAAGGUACUCCGCGGUUUCAACCUCCGCGUAUCUCCCGGUGACACCGUCGCCCUAGUGGGUGGUUCCGGCUGCGGCAAGUCAACAACUUUGCAGCUGCUACAGCGGCUUUAUGAGCCAGCUGGAGGCAGCGUGAAGGUGGAUGGAAGACCACUCAACGAAUUGAACAUCACUCACUACAGGAGGAGUAUAGGCGUAGUAGGCCAGGAGCCGGUCCUGUUCGGUGGCACCAUCCGCGAGAACAUCGCGCUGGGCAUGGACUACGUCAGCGAGGCUGACAUCAUCGAGGCAGCUACCGUCGCUAACGCACAUGGAUUUAUCUCGAAACUCAAAAAUGGCUACGACACAGUAAUCGGCGAGCGAGGCGCUUCGCUCUCCGGCGGACAGAAACAGCGUGUGGCCAUCGCGCGUGCCGUUCUGCGGAAACCCGCCAUUUUGCUGCUAGACGAGCCUACUUCUGCGCUGGACCCUGCUGCAGAACGACAGGUACAAGCAGCGCUGGAUGCGGCCAGCAAAGGAAGGACCACGCUAGUUGUAUCACACAGGUUAUCAACAAUAGUGAACGCAACCCGUAUAGCCUACGUGGAGCACGGAGCGGUGCUGGAGCAGGGCUCGCACCGAGAGCUGCUGGAGAAGAAGGGACUCUACUGGAAACUGUUGCAAGAAGACAUGAGCACUGAAAUCAUGGAGAAGACCUGCUCAGAUGUGGAGUCAGAUCAAGACCAGGAUGUAGUCGAGGAGAGCCGGUUCAAAAGAGCACCGAACGUGCGAUCCUCAACGCGAGAAUCUCUAACACCGGAGCGUAUUCUCCGCGGCAGCAUGCGGCUGGGUUCCGUGGCAGGGGCACACGUACCCAACGUAGCGGUGCCUGAUCUAGAGCAUAUUGAGGAAACACACGAGACUGAAGAGGAAGCAGCAGAGGCCCCAGUAUCAAGCAUGCAGCUCCUCAAGCUGAACGCACCUGAAUGGCCCCUGUUGCUCGGUGGGGGCUUCGCGUCGCUCCUCGUCGGGGCCACGAUGCCCGUGUUCGCGCUUCUGUUCUCACAAAUAUAUGCGAUGUUCGCAGAAUCUGACCCCAACAAGAUUCUAUCGCAGUCUCAACUAUACGCCGGUCUGUUCGCCGGCGUGGCCGCCACGUGUGGCGCCGUCACAUUUCUGCAGGCGUGGCUGUUCGGCCGCGCUGGCACCCGGCUCACCACGAGGCUUAGGGAGAAUACCCUCAGGAACUAUCUGUACCAGGAGCAGGGCUGGUUCGACCGCGCGCAGAACUCGGUGGGCGCGCUGUGCGCGCGCCUCGCCACCGACGCCGCCGCCGUGCAGGGCGCCACUGGCACCCGGCUGGGCACGGUGCUGCAGGGCAUCAGCACCAUGGCCAUCGGCGUGAGCCUGGCCAUGGCUUACUCUUGGAAGAUGACCCUAGUAUCUCUGCUCAGCGUACCUUGCGUGAUCGGCGGCAUCUACCUGGAAGGCUACGUGAUGAAGAAGGCCGAGGUUAAAGAGAAGAAGGCCUUGGAGCAGGCCUCGAGAAUCGCCACCGAGGCCGUCUCCAAUGUGCGCACCGUGCAAAGUCUGGGCGUAGAAUCCACAAUCCUGGACAGAUAUGUAUCCAACCUGCAGGAAGCCAGCGCGCGCGCCGGCCGCGCCUCGCUCCUGCGCGGCCCCGUCUACGGACUCUGUCUCUGUGCCCCUACGUUGGGAUACGCUGUCUCGCUCUCUUAUGGGGGAUAUCUUAUUGCGAGAGAAGACUUGCCUUAUGCCUACGCUAUACUGGUAUCAGAAGCGCUGAUCUACGGCGCCUGGAUGUUGGCGGAGGCGUUGUCGUUCGCGCCGAACUUCGCGGCGGCGCGGCGCUCCGGUGCACGUAUACUGAGGGCUUUACAACGCACGCCUAGAGUCAUCACUGAGGGGACUGCCACUGAAAUUCCUAACUGGACGGCGAAUGGCGACAUCACGAUCGACGACGUGCACUUCACGUACCCGACGCGGCCCGGCGUGCGCGUGCUGCGCGGCCUGGCCCUGAGGCUGCCGGCCGGCCGGCGGCUGGCUUUAGUCGGCACCUCCGGCUCAGGGAAGAGUACCAUCGUCUCAUUGUUGCUGAGGAGUUAUGAUGCCGAUAGCGGGAGCAUGUUGCUAGACGACGCCGACAUCCGCCGAACAUUAACCCUCCGUCAGCUGCGCUCGCAACUCGGCCUGGUGCAGCAAGAGCCCGCACUGUUCGAGCGCAGCAUCCGCGAGAACAUAGCCUAUGGAGACGUCAGCCGGAAGGUGUCCAUGGAUGAGAUCAUACACGCCGCUGAGCAGGCGAAUGUGCACAGUUUUAUCGCCAGUUUACCUCAGGGCUACGAGACGCGGCUGGGGCAGGGCGGCGCGUCGCUGUCGGGCGGCCAGAAGCAGCGCAUCGCCAUCGCGCGCGCGCUGGUGCGGCGCCCGAGGGUGCUGCUGCUCGACGAGGCUACUUCGGCACUCGAUGCUAACAGUGAAAAGACGGUGCAAGCGGCGCUGGAGGCGGCAUCAGAAGGCCGGACAACCAUCACCAUCGCCCACAGGCUCGCCACCGUCAGGAAUCACGACCUUAUUGCUGUUGUUGACAAAGGAGUGGUGGCAGAGAUUGGCAGCCACGAGGAGCUGGCGCGCAAGCGAGGCCUGUACUGGGAGCUGCUGCAGCAGCAGGGGCCGUGCUGAGCCGCCAUCUUGAACCGCCGCCAUCUUGGCAAGACGCCAUCUUGUGUAGCCACCAUCUUGAUUGUGUUCAACGUUAUAAGCAAAGUUAUUAAUAGUAGAAGUCUAAGAAAACCCCGUGCUUCGAAUGUGACAGUAAAUCCUUUUCCAGGCCACAUAUAGAAUUGUAACCUUAGCAAUCCGAUCUAAGAUUCAAAUUAGAUUAAACUUUUGGAAAAAGUGACUUGUCUUCAAAUGAAUCAUCAAAACUGGAUUAAAUGGAAUAUGUUUGCAUGUUUUGGGCAUGUAGAUUGGUGCGGAAUGGAAAAGGGUUAAAGUUACAGUCAGCAUGAAAUAGUAACGGCAAACAUUUCGAGACACAUCCUUAUUUCUAUCGAAGGUGUAUGUAUCAAAGUGUUUCGAUAUAUUUGCCAACUUUAGCUGCCGUAUUUAUUGCCCCAUUAUGUCGUACCUAUGAUUGUCAAAAGUUGACGAUUGACGAUCCACUGAUAAAAAAAACAUGGCGCUGUACAGUUCGCCUGUCAAAUUCGAGGGUACGAUUUUUCUCUUAAUUACAAACUAACCUCUUCCACAAUGAAUAACUGUUUGUAUAGUAGAUAAUGCGUAAAUAGGUUUUAUUCUAUGGCAGCAUUUAAACAAUUCAUUAAGGGCCCGUUUCACAAUGUCCACGUAAUGUAUUGGAUUAGCUAAUUAACAAAUAAAUUAACUUCCAGAUAAACUUCCUACAAAACUUAGCAUUUAUCUACCAGUUUAGCUUAUUUGUAGAUUGCGAAACGCCAACGAUGACUUUAUUCGUCAGAUAAGUGGCAAGUAGCUUAUUCUGGACUUUGCUUGGAACACAGGCCCUAAAUACGUUUAUAUGGCCUGUCAAAUAACUUUGUCAGUAGCAAAAGUCGCGAACUUCAAAUUAUCUAUGGGACGAUAACCUAUCGCACCGAAAUUUUUUAAAUUUGCCGUUUUUUCUACUGAUAGAAAUGGCUUGACAAACUAUAUACCUACAUACGAAACAUUUUUUUUCCUUUAACUCAAUCAGAGAUUGCCAUGAAAAUGAAAUAGAAUUACGAUCACUUUUUCCUAAUUACAGUCGCCAUCAGAUAUAUCGGAGCGGCCAAGGUGCUCGCAAAUAUCUGAACGCCUCUGUUGUCAUGGCGUUAGAGUGCGUGUUCAGAUAUUUUCCAGCACCUUGGCCGUUCCGAUAUAUCUGAUAGUGAGAGUACUAAUGAACGUGCUGCCUUUCCAUGUUAUCAGAAAGAGGCAGAUGAUUUUUGUAGAUAGAUUUUGUAGUUUAAGUACAGUAACAGACAAUUGUUGAGCCAUUUAGGGUUCAAGCUAGUUUGGUUAUCAAUACUAACGGUAUGAAAUGUCUACUGUAAGGUAAACCCCAAGUGGCUUAGCAUUUAAAGUCCGUGACUGUCAAAGUGUCAAAAAUAUUUUUACACCUUAAUAUUAUGGGCAAUAAGAUCGUGUAUACAUAUUUUUGGGAUUUUGUUCGUAUUUAUAUUUUAGACGUGACUGUACCUACCUACUUUCCGUGACAUAGACUUAAGUGGAUACCUAUAAAUAGUUUAGGUAGUAUCAUAUUUAAUUUUAGCUUAAGGACCAUAUUUAUAUGCAAUUUAUACUAUUUUAAAUAUGUUAGUAAUUGAAAUAAAACAAAUUUCAAGAUUAAAUGCUGUAUAAUAGCAUAAACGGAGCCGGAAUAUCAAAUGGUCACUUAUUAAAUAGGGAAUAUUACGCAAAACUCUGCGUAGGGGGCGCCACUAGCACAAACAGAGGGCCGACCGCGGAACACGAAUGUCCGUUAUCUGCCUCUCUAUCACUCUUGCAUAUUCGAGCGAGUGUGGCAGAUAAUGAAAUAUCAAUUCUCGGGUUUCGCGGCAGGCCGUCUGUAAAAAAACGGCCUUGAUGAUACAAUGUCUCUUUUCGUAACAAAUUAUCUGUGAAAACUUGUCAAAAACUGUUAACGGCACAGUAUGUAUAAGAAUCUAUGGUUUACAAUAAGUGCUAGUGAUGCACUCUGGCGGCAGAACAUUGCAGUAAUACCCCCUAUAAUAUUGACUCCUGUCUUUUUAUAUGUAUGGAAGUAUGGACGGUAGAGAAAGGACGACCAUCUCUUAUGGCAGAACUGCUGCAAAAGUGGCCAGCUUUCAGCUUUAAAUAAUAGUUCUAAUGUAUUAUCUGAGACAUCUAAGUUCAUACAUUUGACAGAUGUCAAUUGAUGUUUGUAGUGAUGAGGCUAAGACGUAUCGUUUGUCAAAUCUAGCGAUUAUAAACGAAUUAGUUGAAUCGAUCUUACUGUCGUUUUUUGCAUGUUUGUGUUAUUUGUCUGAAUGUUUUCGUUUGUAUUAUUAAUUAACCUUUUUUCACAUCGUAUUUAAUUUUAUUGACAUUUGUUUUUGUUUUAAAUGUAUCGUUUAUUAUUUUAUAAUAAUUUUUUAUCAAUUUACGGAAAUGUCAUAUAAAUCGAAUCGACAGACUCGACCACAACACUGCUUUUAAAAAAGAAAAGACAUAAUAGGUAACAGAGGACCUACCGCGAACCACGUUCGACGUGUUGCCGCCCCGUCACACUUACGUAAAAAUUUAUAAGUGCGACAGAGAGGCAAUACGACGAACAUGGUUCGCGGUAGGUCCUCUGUUUGCGCGAUAAAUGAUUAUCGUCGAUUAUUCAAUAACAUAGAUCUAAAAAUAUAUAACAUAAGUUAUAUUUAAGACUAGGUCUAUCACAUUUCAUUUCGGUGUAUUGUGGCGCCACCUAUUUAAUGUUUUUUGAUGGACACUUUUCAUAGAUAUAUAAGGUUUUUGCUCCUUUUUCUACACUCCAUACUGGAAGACUGAAUUUGUUAAUAAAUCAGCUUGUGUGAGGAUCUUGUCAGGCUUUACGAUGGCAGCGGAUUUUUCCAUAUAAACUAUAUUUUUUUACGACUCCGGUGUAUUUAUGUGUUUUUACACGAGUUGAAAGAAUGAUAGCCACUUAAUAGUGGAGGUAGAUUUUCAAAGAAAACUUUGUAGCCACAGUAAAUUUAAUGCCAUCUUUCGACUCAUGAUUAUAACUUCUAGAACGCCAUUUGACUUUGAUAUUAAUUCUUUCACUGAUAUGUGUUUUUGUUAAAUAUCAAAAAGUGGCGCCCUCUAAUAGAUCAAAGGCCAAAGAUAUGGCGCCAUAGUUUCGAGCGAUGGCGCCAAAACCUUUAGCCGAUGCACGGUAAGAUGGCGCCACUUUUUGAUAUUUAACAAGUUCAAUACAUACGAGUGAAAGAAUAAGGAUCAAAGUCAAAUGGCGUUCUAAAAGUUUUAAUCAGGUGUCGAAAGAUGGCAGUAAAUUUACUUUCUAAAUUUAUUUUCUUUGACAAUCCACCUCCAUCUAUUUCAAAUUCUCUUUGCUUCUUUGCACACACGUGUCCCACAAAUGGUCUCGCCGGCAGAUCAGCGCCGACUUUCGGGUUCGCAUUAUGAGGCGCGACCAUUCUGUAGUAAACUAUAUACUUUAUAUUUUAAAUAUAUUUUCGUUGUCCUAUACGUUUUGUACGAAAUGUAAAUUACAGCCUGUUAAACAAGUUUGUCAGUAGAAAAAGGCGCGAAUUUCAAAUUUUCUAUGAGAAGAUAACCCUUCGCGCCUACAUUUUUUAAAUUUGCCGGCAGACUAUAGUUUGCCAUCAAUAAAUGCUAUGAUUCCGAUUCUGGUAGCAUUAAUAAUUAAUUAUUAUUCGUCUUUAUUAAUUGUGCCUUUUCUAAGAGAAAACCAAACAUUUUACUAGUAAUAUAAAAAAAACAGGCACACGAAAAAAAAACUACGUACAGUCAGCAUCAUUAGUAGCGGAUGAAACAACGCGCCAAAAGUAUCUGAUAUUCCGGAAAACUUUUCCAAAUAUAAAUAAAUCUCUAAAAUUUACGUUCAAAAGUAUAUUUCUUUUCGUCUUGAUCAUUCUACAUAUAGAACCAUCACUUUUUGUUAAACUGUUACAGAAUGAUACUUACUGUUACAGAAUGAUUCUAUGAGAGGUAGAUACUUUUGAAACCUUGUUUGAUCCGCUACUUUUGAUGCUGACUGUACAUAGAGAAGUCCUAAUUUAGGGCUUGCAUCAUUAGUCUAGAAUAUUAGUGUUAGUAAAUUAUGACUGUGAUUAAGAUUAGCUAUAAGUAAGUUAAAAUAGAUAAGAAUAACUGCCGAUUCUCAUCCACUACUAUAAUUUAAUUUAAACAUAAGUUAUACGACAUGUGUAUACUUACGGAUUAAGUACAAAACCAGUUGAUUAUUAAGAUAUCACCUUAAUGCCUGUACAAUUACAAUAUCUUUAACAACAAAUACAUUUUCAAUAAUUACCAUUAUGGAAUACUUAACUAUGUGAAAGAGAAUUUGAAAUAAAGGUGUAUUGUCAAAGAAAACUUUGUAGCGACGUAAAUUUACUGCCAUCUUUCGACACAUAAUUAUAACUUUUAGAACGCUAUUUGACUUUGAUCCUUAUUCUUUCACUGAUAUAUGUUCAAUUUGUUAAAUAUCAAAAAGUGGCGCCAUCUGACCGGGCACAACCUAAAUAAGGUUAUGGCGCCAUCGCUCGAAACGAUGCUGCAACACCUCUGGCCUUUGAUCUAUUAGAUGGCGCCACUUUUUGAUAUUUAACGAAUUUUACACAUAUCAAUGAAAGAAUAAGGAUCAAAGUCAAAUGGCGUUCUAAAAGUUAUGGCAGUAAAUUUCAGUCGCUACAAAGUUUUCUUUGACGACACGCCUCUAUUUUAAGUUCUCUUUGACUAUGUACACUCAAAGUUAUUCGAAUAAGUAUUUUUUUUAAAUUAUUAAGUAUCUACGUAAAACGUUCAUUCUUAUUUUCAAGACAUAGUUAUAAAAUACGCCAAGAAUGUUCGAAAUCGUCAAAUUUUUCAUUGUAAAACUUUUUAAUUUACCCUUGUAAAAAAAAUAAGGUGAUAUUAUAAUUGGUAUACAGCGGCGGUAUCAUGGUUCCAUUUUUAUCACUUGUCACUAUGUCUGUCACUUCCGCGCUUACAUACUUGUUAGAACGUGACAGGCAUGGUGACAAAUGAUAAAGAGCCGACCAUCUUAGCCCUACUGUUCAUAUUAUAAGUUAAUUUAUAUUUAUAAAGAGCGAGGCUGGUAGGUUGCCUACAAGAAAUUGUGAUCAAGGUAAUAAUAAUUAAACUACACUUUCGAUAA